AUGGCAGAUACUCACCAAGGCAAGUCUUUGUUUUUUCUCUAUUUGCUUUUCAUUUCUUGUUCUCCAUCUAGAAUUUUGGCAGACAGCUCAGUCUCAACCGAACAAGAGCUUGAGCAGGAUAUUCAUCAUGCUCCUUAUCAAGAACAUGAGACUGGCACUAGAAUUGAGCUUAAUCAACACGAAGUUUUAUUACAUAAACUUGAACAGCUAGUGAGGAACCUCAGUGAAAUAGUUGCUAGAUUAGAGCCUAAAUUAUCUGAGUUACCAAAAGUAACAUCUAUUGAUAGGGAACAAAAUCAAGAGCCAGAAAGGAUCAAUCAGGGAAAUUUUGAGGGUAAGAUGUUGGUUCAAAAAGUUGAAGAAGAGGGAUUCGAGGCUAAUACUAGAGGUGGAGAGAGAGUGAGGGCUGUUUCUGUUACAAAGUACAGUCCAUUUUGGUCAGAGAGGUUUCAAUUUGUGUCUGCUGUGAAAUUAGAUUCUGAUGCAACGUGUAUUAAUGUUUUGCCAUUUAGAGAUUACGAGGGGCUUAGUAAGUAUGUUGCUGUUGGUGAUGAUCGAGGGAGGGUUUAUGUGUUUUUGAGGAAUGGGGAUGUUGUGGUUGAGCUAUACACAAUGUCCUCUUCACCAAUUACAGCAAUGGUUUCGUAUUUAUCGGCUUAUAAGAACGAGAGUACUGUGGUAACAGGGCAUCAGAGUGGUGCGAUUUUGGUGCAUAAACUUUAUGAUGUGUCAAACGGAGAAGAGUGGAGCACACUUUCUAUGGAAAGUGUAGGCAAGUUUGCAUUUCUUGAGAAUGGGGAAGAGGGUUCACCGAUUAGUAUUUUGGAAGUGCACCAUGUCGGUAGAUCAAGGUAUAUCUUGUCAUCAGAUGUUAGUGGGAUGAUUAGGGUUUUUAGGGAAAAUGGGACGCUUCAUGGUUCUGCCAUGCCAACAAGUAGGCCACUUGCCUUCUUGAAGCAAAGGCUUUUGUUUUUGACAGAAAGUGGUGCAGGGUCAUUAGAUUUGAGGAGCAUGAAAGUCAGAGAAUCUGAAUGUGAAGGUUUGAAUCAUUCUCUUGCUCGGAAUUAUGUUUUUGAUGCCACCGAAAGGUCUAAAGCAUAUGGAUUUACAUCAGAAGGGGAAUUGAUUCAUGUACUGUUGUUAGGCGAUAUAAUGAACUUCAAAUGUAGGGUCAGAUCCAAGAGAAAAUUUGACAUGGAUGAACCCCUAGCUUUACAGUCCAUCAAGGGCUACUUGUUUGUUGUUAAUGAAGAGAAGGUUUUUGUGUACAAUGUUUCAUCUCAGCAUUAUGUUAGGGUUGGAGGACCUCGCCUUCUCUUCUCUGCUGGUCUGGAUGAGAUCAAAUCGUCAUUUUUGAAUUAUCAGUUGACAGAUGCACACAUUGAGAGUAGAAGGGUGAUACCAUUAAUUGCCAGUGACCGUGAAAAACUUCUUAUUCUUGGCCUUGGGAGCGGGUAUGUGGGAAUGUAUCGCUCUAACCUUCCAAUAUUCAAAGGAGAAUUCAACACAAUGCUAUGGACAAGUCCUGUGUUGUUCUUCAUACUCUUUCUGUUUGGAGCAUGGCAAUUCUUUGCCAAGAAGAAGGAAUCACUUACAUUGUGGGGGUCUGACGAUCCUUUUAGCUCCACAUCUGCUACAACUGGAGCUCCAUUAGGGUCAUCAGCCUCUGCAGACAGGUCAUUUGUAGAUUCAUCUUCAAGAAGUACUGAUAUGAUGGAAAUAAGGGCUGGUGGAUUGAGAGGUCCAUCAAGGAGAUACCCUUCUCCUUUGCGAUUUCCCGGGGGAGCAACCAGUUCCUUCAGGCCGAGUUCUACCGAUGCCAACACUAGACCUACUUCUGUUGAUCCCAAUUAUAGAGCAUCUUCAGAGCUAAAAUUUAGGGGUCCAGCCCUGGAAUCAACAGGUUUCGCCAAAAGAAGGGAGAAUCUAUUUGUAAACAAUCAAGUUGUGGAUGAUAGCAAUUGA